AUGAGAUAUCAUGUGAUAGCCAAACAUUCAGCAGAGCAGCCUCUACGCUGCUCAGAGUGCGAAUAUACUACUGCCAUUAAAAACAGACUUGAGACGCACGUUCUUCACAAGCAUACAUCCAAGAAACCGCUUAAUUGCUCUGAAUGUGAAUAUUCAUGUGUGACGAAGGCCAACCUGCAAACUCAUGUUCUCCAUAAACAUACAGCCGAGAAACCUAGAAGCUGCUCAGAAUGUGAAUAUUCUUGUGUGACCAAGGGCCAGCUAGAUAGUCAUUUUUUUCAUAAGCAUUCAUCCACGAAACCUCGAAGAUGCUCUCACUGUGAAUUUUCAUGUGUGACUGCGAGCCAGAUGGAGAGUCAUGUUUUUCAUAAACAUACCUCUGAAAAACCUCUCAAGUGCUCCGAAUGUGAAUACUCUUGCGUGGCCAAGAGCCGGAUGUUGAGUCAUAUUCUUUGCAAGCAUUCCAUGGAGAAACCUAAUCGGUGCUCUCAAUGUGAAUAUACUUGUGUGAAUAGAUCUGAUCUCAAAAGGCAUUUAAUAUCCAAGCAUUCAUUGGUGAAACCCUUUAGCUGCUCGGAAUGCAAAUAUACUUGCGUCAGUAAGCGAAGCCUAAUUCGACACAGUCAAGUAAAACAUUCCGGAGAACAGGAAUCAUCACUCCCGAUCGUGUAAAUUAAAUCCCCUAAGUAAAUGAAGUAAAUCAACAAAAUAUUUUCUCUAGCUUCAUUCAGAAAAGAAGCCUCUUCGAUGCUCGGAGUUGGUAGCUCAGUGACAAAAUUGUCACACCAAUGUCUUUUCAGCGUAAGUUCAUAGCAACUUCUUAAUUAUAUAGGAAAUGAUUUGACGCUCUAGGUUCUAAUCCAAUUAUUUUUUCCAAAAUUCAAUUCCAGAAAAUUAUCUAGGACAUUUUAUCUCAGUGUCUUCUUUCAGGCAACAAUUAACAAUGCCCUCAAAUUAUAUACUCGAGAAACUUGUUCCGUAAACAAACGCUCAUGAAUUCAAUGGUUCGUUGGAGCAAAUUAAGUAAACAUUUUACGCAAGUUUCCAGCACUCUCUUGUACUCACGCUCUUAAGUGUACAGACUUGCUUUAAGCCCCAACACAGGCCAGUACCUUGCGACGAGGACAGCCUCUCUAUAUUAACCUCUGUACACUUUACUGUCGCUUGUGUGUCAUGUCCAAAGGCAAGCGAACCUAAUUUACUGUCAGCAGACGCAGGGUCAAGUCGUGCCCGCAGAGCUUUACUGGCUUUGAAGUCCGUGAACUUCAUGCGCUGUGGCGAAUAGCCAUCCACUAUAGCCUCCCAAUAUGUGUAGCCCAAACUGCAUUACAUUGCCUGUACAAAAUUCUACGUCAAAAAUAGCCUUGUGAUUAAAUUCACAACAGAAUCUCUAUAUUGCUCACGCCAAAUUGAUCACACCGGCUAUUGGCAAAUCUGUUCUCAUGCGAGAUCGGCUUUUUGCCAGUCUUAUUACAGUAAAAAUUGAUACCUGCUGAGGACAAAAUAGCGCCUUGCGUUAACCGUCAUUGACGCCGUACCUUCAGCGCCAUUAGAUGUUGCAUUAUCAUUUUGUGGACAGCGUAGAACUUAUGUGCUGCACGUGCUCGAACGGCACGUAAGCCAAGCACAAAAUUUAGGUAAUGGACCAUCGACAAUUUCAUAUGAUUACUUUUCUUUGUUAACAAUCUAACUUCGUUUGUUUCAAAAUUUAUGUAACUACUUUUAACUUCGUCGUUACGCGAAAAUUUAACUAUUCACCCAACAUAUGUUAGCAAUUGUCUUAUUAUUCAAAUUUUACAUCAAAAAAUUUUCUGUACUCAAUUAAUGAAUGUGAAUAAUACUCUUCUAAUGGUUUAACAGGAGAAAGUCGAGUAAAAGUAGAAAGUACUCUGUAAUGCCUGUGAACGCUCCGCUAAAAUUGAAAAUUCACUUUAAUUUAUAUAGGGGAAACGCUAGGUUGCAUUCUUUAGCCAGUCCAAUUAUUUUUCAAGGUUUUUUUCUCGUUUGAUUAAGCUUAGGGUAUUAAGCUUAAGGGGAUGAGCUUAGAUUAAGAUUGUAUUUGAAUAAGAUUAUGUCACUUCUAAACUCCUGUGCUUCUGUAAAUGAACCAUUUCUAAAUAAUGAGUCGGAUAUUAUUGUAAAAUUUCACGUACGAGUAUAUUAAACUUUAUGUUCGAACUUUCUUACUAUAGAUCAAAUCUGGCAUUGUAAUUUGAGGUAGCCCCUGAUAUUUUCUAUUCGAUUAAUGUCUCAGUUUACGUUCAUACUUUGCACUAUGUUCCAAGUCUACUCUGAAACCGUGUAGUGAUUUAUAUGUCUGUCUUGCGAUCGAAGUCUUGCUAGUUUUGGUCAGCGGCAUCAUUCUUCAAUCUCAAUAAAAAAUAUUUAGUGACUCUC